AGAGUUUCAGUAUGUUAUUAUUGUGGGUUUUCCUACAAAUGUCACUUCAAAUAAGCGCCGAGGUUAAGUGCCACUCUUGCUUGGCGCAUUGCUCGACUAUACAAGGAACAAAGGUCGACCCAGUUGCAUGUGAUUGUACUUCGGAACCUGCAGAUAUGUGCUCUGGUGAAGCCUGCUUCGCAAAAGUGGAAAUAUUUUCCGAGGAAAAAACGGCCAUUAUGCAGAAAGGAUGUAUAACAGACAUACCUGGCGGACAAAAAGGGUGCCAGUACGCGAGUAAUUACGAAACACUUCAUUGUUUCUGUGACGAGAAUGAAUGCAAUACUCGGCAUCAGAUGAACAAUUAUCUGACAAAUCGACUUCCGACAGUGGAAUGCUGCGCAUGUUCUGAACGACAGGGUGAACGAUGUCCUAGCGAUAGCUGCCUCCGAAAAUGUCGUGGCAAUUACUGCGUGGUUGAUUUCGACGGAAUCGAGCAGGGUUGCGGGUUGGGAUUCCCACGAUUGCAGUCCUUCCUACGAAUGAACAACUACUUAGACUAUCAAGGCUCUCCCAUUUGUGCCAGAUACGAAGCUACCACAGCGACUGUGAUGAAUGGCUGCACAUGCACUCAGCCAUCUGGUAUGUGCAACGAACUAAAUAGAACCCGAAAUUUCCAGAUCAAGAAAGUGAUCGAAAGGCGUCAGGAUGAUCAAAACUAUUGCUACAGUCUAAGCCAUAAAUCGAGUAAGCCAUUCGGACAGGAGGUUUUUAAGAAGUCAACCACAUGUGAAGGCCAGUUUUGCUUCAUUUCUCUGACAACAUCCGAGAUCGUUUUGGAGAGUGUAGAUUUCAAGCACGAUUACUCGGAACAUGACGAGUUCGUUGGAACUACUCGGCCUAGGUAUGAGCUUCUGGCCGGUUGCCUGAAGGUCGACGAUGACAAGAAAGUUGCAACUGGCUGCACAACCGAAUAUCUUCGAAAUAGCACAGAACCGCUUAGUAAGCACUGCAUCUGCGACAGUCAUCUAUGUAACUUCCAUCAUCUGGUCAGUGGUAAAGAAGAUUCUCGUCCGAGAGCCACAAAGAAGCAGCAGGAUGAAGGCGAACGCAAUCAGAACUCCGUUCCACGAACCAUGUCACAGCCGACAGCUAGCAAACAUGCCCAGGGCGCGAAUAUCCUAAUAUCUCUAGCAACUGUUGUGCUCUUCUACCUUUAAUAGCACCGAUCUUUGGAAUAUGCAAAGCCUAAGCAGUAUUAUGUAAUGAUUCUUCUUCAGCUGUCGCUUGCCUGUUUUGAAAAGAAAAUGCAAAAAAAUCGAACAGGAAAAUAAAUCGAAGAGUU